UCCUUUGGAUCUUUCUGGGAAUUGCUAGGCUGUGGUCAGAAAUCGAGUGAAAGAAAGAGCUUCAAAGAGAAUGUUCAUUCUGUUGGGAUAAUCUCAUGCCUUUCUGUAUUGUGUGUAGAUUACGUUAUGAGACUGCACAGUUGCUUUUGUUGGAAGUCUGCACUGUUGCACCAUUAUUCGGGAAUUUGAUAAAAGUAUGAUUUGCUGUGUUUCUUUUUUUUAUCACGGCAGAGUCAUGAGCAAGGACUGGAAUUCCAGGGAUCUUCUGAAGGUUCAAGACUAUGAAAACUCAUGCUACCAGAUUCUGCUACCAAUGAGACCAUGUGCAUAUCAGACAGCCAUUGAUAAUAAUGGGAUCUGAGGUCCCACAUUUUUUUGGAAUCUGCAGGGAGGUCUGGAACAGAAGCACCCCAAAUACAGAGGGCUGACUGUACUAACUGCUUCAUGGUCUUAGCCUGGAGAAGAGAAGGGACUAGGGCCUGGAGCAAUGGAUACAAAGCAGAAAAGAAGUUCCACCUGACUUUUUAAAGUCAUUAUGUUGCUUGAAAUACUGUUCGCUGCAGUCUUAGGGGCCAUUAUUUAUGUGUUUCUGAUUAAGAAGAAGGAGGACAUUAUAGUUGAGAUGGGAGAUGGAUGGUGGAACAAAGGUCUGAAGCCUGAUUUUGAAGAAGAUGCAACUAUAUAUCCUUUCAGAGUGGAAACUUCAGAAGCUGAAAUCAACUACUUACACAGAAGACUUGAAGAAGCUAGAUACACGGAGUCCUUAGAGGAUUGCGGUUUUCAUUAUGGGUUUAAUGUGACUUAUCUCAAGAAGGUUGUCUCUUAUUGGAGAAAUCAGUUCAAUUGGAAAAAGCAAGUGGAAGUACUUAACAAAUUCCCACAAUUCAAAACGAAGAUAGAAGGACUUGAUGUCCAUUUUCUUCAUGUGAAACCUUCACGCUUGCUUGAAGGGCAGACUGCAAAGCCACUGAUGUUGGUUCAUGGUUGGCCUGGAUCAGUAUAUGAGUUUUACAAAAUCAUCCCUCUCUUGACAGACCCUAUGAGCCAUGGCUUGAAUGGCAAUCAUAUUUUUGAAAUAAUUUGCCCUUCUAUCCCUGGUUAUGGCUUUUCAGAGGCACCUCACAAAAAAGGCUUUAAUUCUGUGUGUGCUGCCCAUAUUUUCCAUAAGUUGAUGCUCAGGCUUGGUUUCUGUGAAUUCUAUGUUCAAGGAGGGGACUGGGGCUCUGCUAUAUGUACCAGUUUGGCUCAGAUGGCACCAAGCCAUGUGAAAGGCCUUCACACAAACAUGGCAUUUGUGACUUUUAUCGGAUUUAAGGAACUUCUGUCCAUUCUGCUGGCACCAUACUUCCCAGGACUGUUUGGUUUCCAAGCUGAGGAUAUCCAAGGGAUGUUUCCUUUAAAGACAAAAAUAUUUGAAAGACUUCUGAUGGAGAGUGGUUAUUUUCACCAACAAGCUACAAAGCCUGACACUUCUGGCUGUGCCUUGAAUGACUCUCCUGUAGGACUAGCUGCUUACAUCCUGGAAAAGUUUGCUGCAUGGACUGAUAUCAGCGCUCAGCAUCUAGAGGAUGGAGGACUAGAGAAGAAGUUUACUCUGGAUGACCUUCUCACAAACGUCAUGAUCUACUGGGUUUCUGGAUGUAUAGUUCCUUCAAUGCGCUUUUACAAAGAGAAUGUAAGCCUGCUCUUCGGCAGAAAAAGCCAUGCAAAGUUGCCCAAACAAGUUCCUGCAGGAAUUGCUGUGUUUCCACAUGAAAUUGCAUAUGUUCCUCGGCCGUGGAUUCAAAGGAAGUAUGUCAAUAUCAUUUCAUUUAACUACAUGCCCAGAGGUGGUCAUUUUGCAGCUUUUGAGGAACCAGAGCUCCUUGCUGCAGAUAUUCAGCAGUUCGUGGAGAAGGUAGAAAAGGGCAACACUGCCAAAUGAAAAAAUAACUGUUUUAAGUUGUAGACUGUGAAAAUCCUCACUGUAGGAAGAUUCAAAGAAGACUAUAUCUCCCCACCACCACCACCACCACCACCACCUGCACAUUAUUGUUGAGAUUAGCAAAGAGAAAAAUCUUUUGCAGUUAGAGUAAUUAGCACUAUAUCUAUAGAGUAAUAUUUUUAUAGCUCUCUCUCUUAUCCUGCAUGGUCAAAUGAAAAUUAAAGCAACCUUUUCAAGCUGACUUCAUGAUGAACAAAUAUAGCACAGUAGCUAAGAGACUAAAUUGAAGAAGUCUUUAUUAUUUCUCUAGCCCUAUUAAGAUAGCACUUUACAAAAAGGGUGCAGGGACUGUGGCCCUCCAAAUAUUAUUAUUUGGAUUCCCUCUCCCAUCAGCCCCAAUCACCAAGGCCAGUGGUCAGUGAUGAUGGGAACUGGAAUUCAACAAUAUCCAGAGGACCACAUGUUGUCCUCCUGUGUUAUAAAAAAUGAGAAGACAAGUCUCUGCCACCAAGGAGAUUAUAACAUAGACACAAGAGAGGGUAAACAAAAUCUUCAUCCUUGAACUCAGCAGGUAGCCCUAAAGCAAACUGCUCUCUCAGCCCCCACUAACAAACUAGUACUUGGAGAAUACUCAUUUAUGCAACAUGUGCAUGCAAUAUGAUUCCUAAGCUCAUGAGCAUGAAUGUUCAAAAUGCUUUCUAUAUCAGGACAUGAAACCAAUCACCUGAUAAUCCUGCCAUUUGCUUAGCCACAGACUCUCAGCCAUGUGAAGUUGCUUCUAAGUGCUUAUUACUGUCUGCAAUCUUGCAUGGCUCGGUCUAGUGUAGUAGUUUUGCACACAGACCUAUGGUAGGCUGAGCCAUAUACCCUACAACUUACUGAGGCCAUUGCAUGUCUCAUGGGAGUAGGUAAGAUUGCAAAAGGUAUCUAGCCAUCUGUGAAAUGAAUACAGCAGUACUGACACCUCCGGAGAACCCCAGAGGAUCUCGGCACCAAUGUCACCAUUUUGCUUCUGAUUAUGGAGAUGUAACCAGACACUUAUCUGAUCCUGCCUGCUCCCCAUGAGGCACAGAGUGGCCAAGCUAGUUGGGGUUUCUGGAAGCUGAAGUCCAAAACACUUGGAAGAAAUAAAGUUUGGGAAUCUCUGCUCUGCAGUAUUACUGUUCCCAAUGGCCCCACAACCAUCUGGAGUAGAUGGGAGGGCACCGGGGAGCACAAAAGGAGACAGACUAAUAUCACCACUGCCUCCCUCUAUUCUGCUAGCAGGAUUCUUCAGAUAAAUUCAAAAUCACCUAGAGACAGAAGGAGCAUUUUCGCAUUUUGGUGGUACAUUCUGAAUCCAGCCCACAUUCAGGAGAGUUAGGAUUGCACUGUAAAUGAAAAACAAAUUGAGAAGCAUUUUCUCUUAAAACUGUUAUGAGAGUGAACUUUCUGCUUAAUAAUCUGUAAACUACAGCAUGCAACUACCAGGUGAAAAAUUAAAAAUGUGUAUAACUUC